UCCGAUCAACAGAUGGCGAUAAAACACAACGAACGGUAUUUGUUCGUAACACUUCAGUAUAUUAAAGCUUUUUUGAGCGUUAGGAUCUUACAAUCGUUUUUUUCUUCUUGACAAUUUGUAAUAUUAUUUUUGCCAAAUUAAAAACGUAUAAUAUAUAAUAUCAUUCGAUUCACAAAGAAAAACUCUAAGUUAUAUUACUUGAGGAAAAAAAAGGGGAAACGAGGAUUAAAAGAAAAUUUUCAUGGCGCCGAUCGCUCAACAUAAUUUUAAUUAUGACCUUUUGGUCAUUGGCGGAGGAUCGGGUGGUUUAGCAGCAGCGAAAGAGGCCGUUGAACUUGGAGCAAAAGUUGCAGUAUUAGAUUUUGUUACUCCGUCUCCAAGAGGGACUACGUGGGGCUUAGGUGGUACUUGUGUGAAUGUAGGAUGUAUACCAAAAAAAUUGAUGCAUCAAGCUGCAUUACUUGGCGAGGCUAUACAUGAAGCACAGUCUUUUGGAUGGGUGUUACCUGAUUCAAAAACUAUCGUAAACAAUUGGACAAAUUUAAAAGUUGCUGUACAAAAUCACGUUAAAUCAGUUAACUGGGUAACACGGGUAGAAUUAAGAACGAAAAUGGUAGAUUAUAUCAAUGCUCUGGGAUAUUUCAAAGAUGCUCAUACCAUAGUCGGUAUAUCGAAAAAUGGAGAAGAAAAAAUUAUUACCGCAGAAAAUAUCUUAAUUGCGGUAGGUGGAAGGCCAAAGUACCCUGAUAUUCCUGGUGCUUUAGAAUAUGGCAUUAGCAGUGAUGAUAUUUUCAGUUUAGAAAAUGAACCAGGAAAAACUCUUGUUGUUGGUGCAGGAUAUAUUGGAUUAGAAUGUGCAGGAUUUUUGAAUGGUUUAGGUUAUGAUACAACAGUAAUGGUACGUUCAAUUGUGCUUAGAGGAUUUGAUCAACAAAUAGUUAACAUGGUAGCUGAAGAAAUGAAAAAUCGUGGCGUUCAUUUCAUUUAUCAAGCUAAGCCUAAGAAAAUUGAUAAACAAGCUGAUGGUCGUCUUUUAGUUGAUUGGGUUGAUAAUGAAGGAAAAGUUCAUCAAGAUGUUUAUGAUACUGUUUUAUUUGCGAUUGGACGCCAAGCUCUUACAAAAGAAUUAAAACUUGAAAAUGCUAAAGUUAAAGUUCUUUCUGAUAGUGGCAAAAUUGACGCGGACAAUGAGCAAACGAACGUACCGAAUAUUUAUGCAGUCGGUGAUGUGCUCCAUAAAAAGCCUGAAUUGACACCCGUUGCUAUACACGCGGGAAAACUCUUAGCUAAAAGAUUGUUUGGUAAUUCGAAGGAAAAAAUGGAUUAUACAAAUGUAGCUACGACUAUAUUUACUCCUUUAGAAUAUGGUUGUGUUGGACUUAGUGAAGAAGAUGCUAUAUCUAAACAUGGAGCAGACGAAAUAGAAGUUUAUCACGCUUAUUAUAAACCUACAGAAUUUUUCUUGCCUCAGAAAGAUGUUUCUCAUUGUUAUGUUAAGGUCAUUGCAUUUAGAAAUGGUGAUCAGAGAAUUUUGGGCAUGCAUUUUAUUGGUCCAAAUGCUGGUGAGGUAAUCCAAGGUUUUGCGGCAGCUAUUAAAAGUAACAUAACAUUCCCAAUACUUAAAUCUACAGUUGGUAUUCAUCCAACUAACGCUGAGGAAUUUACACGUAUACAUAUUACUAAACGUUCAGGAUUAGAUCCUAAGCCACAAAGUUGUUGUAGUUAAACUGAAUACAGUCUUAAAGGAUGUACUUUUAGCUACUGCUAUUAAAGAAUAGUUUACAAGGCGAUUUACGAUAUAUCUUUAAAGUGACCAAUAAUAGGAUGGAUAUCUACUUAAAUAACAAAACAAAUGAAUUGGAUUUAAUGCAUUCUUUUUACAUAAAUUGAUUAAAAAAAAAAAAAAAAAAAAAAAAAAAAAAAAAA